CGGUCUCCAAUUGGGCCGAAGCUCGACGUGGACGCUUGGCUCCUCCUUUACCUAGUGGUGAAUUCUCGAUCAAAUUCCCGAACCAUCUCUUCACUAGAGCUUCUAUAGAAACAUCGGAUUUCUGACGGAGGAACAACACAAACUCGAGGGUUUCUGAAAUUCGCUUUGAACCAAUCUCUGCCCAAUCUCACAAAUUUUAUCAAUAAAAUGAAUCAAGACAACCCAAAUUGGGAAGGAUUGCUAAAAUGGAGUCUCUCUCACUCUGAUGGUACUCAACCUCCACGCCACCUCAGUGAUGAGGACCGGAAAUGGUUUAUGGAAGCUUUGCAAUCGCAAACCAUUGACGUUGUCAAGCGUAUGAAAGACAUAACUCUAGUCAUGCAAACUCCAGAAGAAGUCUUAGACUCUCAAGGUGUUACGCCUAGUGAUAUUGAAGAUAUGCUGGAUGAGUUGCAAGAGCAUGUGGAGUCAAUUGAUAUGGCAAAUGGUAAGCUUAUAAGACCGGGUCUCAUCCCUUUUUCUUACACAGAUCUUAAUUCGAUUGGUGGGCUGCUUCCCUUGAUUGAUUAUCUUAAGAAUCGGCACGCGAAUAUUCGAGCAAAAGCUGCAGAUGUUCUGAAUACCAUUGUUCAGAACAAUCCCAAGAGUCAACAACUUGUAAUGGAAGCAAAUGGUUUUCAGCCUCUUCUUAUGAACUUCACAUCAGACCCUGACAUGAAAGUACGUACACAGGCACUGGGUGCCAUAUCAUGUCUAAUUCGCCACAACAAGCCUGGAAUUGCAGCAUUUCGCCUUGCAAAUGGUUACGCGGCAUUAAGAGAUGCUUUAAGCUGUGAGAGUGUUAGAUUUCAAAGGAAAGCAUUAAAUUUGCUACAUUAUCUUCUACGGGAAAGCCAAUCUGAUCGUUAUGUCGUAACUGAACUUGGUUUCCCCCGCAUCAUGAUGCACCUUGCUUCUAGUGAUGAUGCUUCUGUGAGAGAAGCUGCUCUGCUGGCUCUGUUGGAGCUUGCACGUGGAAAAGCUGAUGAGACCACGGGUCACUUCUGGGAUGAAGAUGAUAAAAUGAAGCAGCUACUUGAAGAACGUAUUGCAAGCAUCAGCAUGAUGUCACAGGAAGAGCUUGGAGCUGCUAGAGAAGAGAGGCAGCUUGUUGAUUCAUUGUGGAAUGCUUGCUACAACGAGCCAUCUUCCCUUAAAGAGAAAGGUCUUCUUGUUCUUCCUGGUGAAGAUCAAGAUAUGCCUCCACCAGAUGUGGCCAGCAAACACUUUGAGCCUCCUCUUCGAGCUUGGUCCGCAAAACGCGAACCUGAGAAUCCUUCUGAGUCUGAAAAAGCGGUUCCUUUGCUCUUAGGUCCUAGUCUUACUACGGAGUCUGCACAUAUUCAGAGUAGCUCCAAUGGAAGUAAUGACAAUGCUGGGGGGCCUAGAAAUGCUUCUUCCUAGGUUUCUUUUCUCACUCGGAAGCUUUUUUGGUUGAACUACGCUGGAACAGAUUAUUUACAUUAGAUCUUGUUUUGGAUUUAUUUUCACAUGUUUUAUUGUAGAGUCAAAACUUUCAUGACUUGUGCUACACUAGGCAGACGGUCAUCUGCAUUAGCCCUGUCAAGCUAUGGGAAGUCAUACUGAUAACGGAUUUUUAUGAUUUGGGCACCUAUGGAUGUUAUUCUGCUAGAAAAGUACCCGACUUUAAAGACUGCUAUUUCACACCUUUUUCACUGGGUACUGUUAAAGGUUUCCAUUCAUUUUGGUCUCAUUAUCUGGUUAUAAGAUUGGAAUGAACGAAAACUUAUAUUAUGCUGAUA